AUGCUUCAAGAUGAACCUCGCACCGGAAGACCAAAGGAGCUUGAUUACGACGUUCUGAGGGCUUUAGUGGGUGUUGUCUUCCAACAUGACAAUGCCAGGCCUCACGUGACUUUAAGGACGAAGGAGAAGCUGCAGGCUCCACCGGCAACUGACACUAUAAUAUAUUUGCUGGGACGAUUCGACGUGGAACUGAAGAAGAAAUUGCAUCAUCUUGUAAAGAAGAAAGUCCUGUUCCAUCACGACGAUGCACCAGCACAUUCAUCCGCAAUCGCUACAGCUAAACUGGUCGAAUUGAGAUACAAACUGCUCACUCAUCCGCCGUAUUUUCCAGAUUUGACCUCCAGCGACUUUUUCCUGUUUCCCAACAUGAAAAAAUGGCUCGCAGGGAAGAAAUUCACGUCGAAUUCGAAGGUCAUCACUAUGGUAGAUGCCUAUUUAGCAGAGUUUGAACAAUCAUACUUUUUAGAGGGCAUUAACCCUUUCGAAUUAAGAGUCUUUCAAACUAAUCUCGGUUCCUGCGGUGUGCAAGUAGAACGGGUGAAGCCGAGCAAAAAGUUCUGUAUUUUACGCGUGUACUACGCUUUGCAGAAGACAAUUUUGGUAUUGAUCGAAAGCUAG